UCACACAGAUUCCUUCAGGCAGAAAUCCGGGACGAAUGUCAACAUUAUUAUCACGUGACUAAACGAACUUCCUUUUCAUUCAGAAACUGACACGAGUCGACAACAUGAGUACAGCACAGCCAGCUGUUCAAAGGGGUAUUGUUAAACAAGCAUUGUCUGGAGAUGCAGUUGUCAUCAGAGGACAGCCACAAGGUGGUCCACCUCCAGAAAAAACAAUAUGCCUGUCGAACAUUACUGCACCAAGAAUGGCACGAAGACCAAACCCAAACAUGGAAGGUUCUGUUGAAACUAAAGAUGAGCCAUUUGCUUGGGAAGCAAGAGAAUUUUUAAGAAAGAAAUUAAUCGGCAAAGAGAUUGUUUUUGUUAAAGAAUAUGAAGUACCUGGUACAAAGAGACUGUAUGGUAUUAUCUACGCAGGAAAAGACACAAAUGCAGAAAAUAUAACAGAAUCUAUGGUGUCUGAAGGUCUUGUUGAGGUCAGGAGAGGAGGAUUAAAACCUGAUGAUGUUAACCAACAGCGACUGAUACAGUUAGAAGAAGAAGCUAAAUCUCAGGGUAAAGGACGAUGGGGAGAAGGUGCCAGUAAACAUGUACGUGACAUCACAUGGGUUAUAGAAAAUCCAAGAAAUUUUGUCGACUCCUUUCAUAACAAGCCAAUUGAUGCUGUUAUAGAACAUGUCAGAGAUGGGUGCACAGUUAGAGCAUUUCUUCUUCCCAAGAUGGAUUAUGUCACCAUCUUGUUGUCAGGAAUAAAGGCUCCAAUGUUCAAACAAGAUGACAAAGGUGAUCAAGUGUCAGAACCCUUUGCAGAGGAAGCUAAAUUUUACACAGAGGUCAGACUUCUCCAGAGAGAUGUCAAAGUCAUCCUAGAGAGUGUGUCUAACCAAAAUCUCAUUGGGACUGUUUUACAUCCAAAUGGUAACAUUGCUGAACUAUUACUCCGAGAGGGAUUUGCCCGAUGUGUAGACUGGAGCAUGGGUGUUGUUAGUCAAGGGGCUGAUAAACUGAGAGCAGCAGAAAGAGAAGCAAAAGAUAAAAAGAAGAGAAUCUGGAAAGAAUACACACCUUCAAGUUCAUCCAUUGAUAUCAAAGACAAAGCUUUCCAAGGCAAGGUUGUUGAAAUUGUAAAUGGGGAUGCAUUAGUCGUCAAGAUGGGUGAUGGAAAGUCCAAAAAAGUCUUCUUGUCCAGUGUAAGACCACCAAGAGCAGUAGACAACACAGAGAACCAAGCUCCAAAUAAAAGAAUGAGACCUUUAUAUGAUAUACCUUACAUGUAUGAAGCUAGAGAAUUUCUCAGGACCAAACUUAUUGGGAAAAAGGUUAAUGUAAAGGUAGAUUAUAUACAGCCAGCAAACCAAGGUUUCCCAGAGAAAACAUGCUGUACUGUUACCAUUGGAGGAGUAAAUGUUGGAGAGGCAUUAGUUGGCAAGGGAUUAGCCAAAGUAAUCAGAUACAGACAGGACGAUGACCAAAGAUCAUCUCAUUAUGAUGAAUUAUUGGCAGCUGAAGCCAGGGCAGAAAAGAAAUUAGUAGGCAUUCAUUCCAAAAAAGAAGCUCCAAUACACAGAGUAGCUGAUGUCUCAGGGGAUAUAGCAAAAUCUAAGCAAUUUCUGCCAUUUUUACAAAGAGCAGGUAGAUCUGAAGCCUUGGUUGAAUUUAUAGCCAGUGGUUCUCGUCUGAGGCUUUAUAUACCAAGGGAGACUUGUCUUGUCACAUUCCUCUUAUCAGGUAUAUCAUGUCCACGUGGAGCCAGACCAUUGCCAGGUGGAGAGACCAGUAAAUCUGAGCCCUAUGGUGAUGAAGCAUUAGCAUUUACCAAAGAAAUGUGUCUACAGAGAGAGGUGGAGGUUACUGUAGAAGCUAUGGACAAGGGAGGUAAUUUCAUUGGAUGGUUGUUUGUUGAUAAUGUAAAUCUGUCUCUGGCCUUGGUAGAAGAAGGUCUAGCAAAAGUCCACUUCACUGCAGAAAGAAGUAAUUUUUAUAAGCAGAUGUUAAAUGCAGAAGAAAAUGCAAAGAAAAAGAAGCUUAAUCUAUGGAAAGAUUACGUUGAAGACACAAGUGUUCAUGAAGAAAUUGUAGAUGAUAAAACUGAACGGGAGGUGAAUUAUAAAAAUGUUGUUGUCACUGAAGUCAAUGAGGAUCUCAGUUUCUUUGCACAAUAUGUGGACAAUGGACCACAGUUAGAAAAAUUAAUGGAACAAUUGAGGACUGAAAUGGAAUCUAACCCACCUCUGCCUGGUGCUUAUAGUCCAAAGAAAGGCGAUUUAUGUGCAGCUAAAUUCUCUCAGGAUGGUCAAUGGUACAGAGCAAAAGUAGAGAAAAAUGAGAAAGGAAAAUUCACAGUUCUAUUUAUAGAUUAUGGCAAUAGAGAGAAAACAGCAUCAACAGAACUUGCUACACUGCCAGCUUCCUAUCAAACAUUACCAGCUCAGGCAACAGAAUUCACAUUGGCAUGUUCAGCAUUACCACCAGAUGAGGAUGCAAAACAAGAUGCCUUAGAUCAAUUCUAUGACAGUGUAGUGAACAAGGAACUGAAGUUGAAUAUAGAAUACAGAUCAGGUGGAAACUAUGUGGUUCUGUUGUACCCGGAUACAGACCAGGAUGUCGCUCAAGGACUCAUUUCUGACGGAUAUCUUAUCGUUGAAAAAAGGAAAGAGAAAAAACUUGCCAAGUUGGUUUCUGAUUACCAGAAGGCUCAGGAGAAAGCCAAAGCAGGAAGAUUGAAUCUUUGGCGCUACGGAGACUUCACUGAAGAUGAUGCUAAGGAGUUUGGAUACAAAAAAUAAAUUGGCAUCAUUUCAACAAGCAACAUUAACACAAGUGGAAUCUACAAGAUAAACACAAGUGGAAUCUAGGAACAGUUUUAUUUAUAUUCAAAUUAUUGUUAUGCAUUCAGAGAAAAUUUUGAUUAAAUAACAGGCUUACACAAGUGGAAUCUAGACAUUUUAUUUAUAUAUACAUUGUUACUGUUGAAUUAAACAGUUUGUAUUUUGAGCCAUUUAAUUUGCCAAAUAUUUAAAAGUAUUAUGAAUAGAAUUUCUAUUCAUUAUUUCAUUUUCAUAUGAGUAGGAACUAAAAAGGAAUAUAAAAACCUGUAAUUUAUGUCGAUUUAUUUAUCAUUUGUCAUAUAAUAUAAACCAAACAUCCAUAAUUUUAGUUUUUUUAAACACAAAUCAUCAAAAUUAUACAUAGCACUAUUUCAGUCUAAUUACUAAUAAGGUAACAAUACAUGAGUGGAUGAUUUUAAAUUAAUUGAGUUUUGUUACAAUAAUUUUAUUAAUAUCUUAAGUGCAUAAAUAUAGUAAUGCUUAGUAGAAAUCUUUUGUUUAUGUUAUUGUUUAAUGUGUUGUUUUUUUGUACUAAACAAUAAAAAAAUCACAUGAUGUUGAAAGUUAGACAUUUUUAUUUUUAUUUUUAUUUGAACACCUUAUUUUCAAACACUAAAUCAUUUAAAUAUUCACCAAUACACCAUUUAAUCAUCCUAAUUACAGAAAAAUAUCAUCUAUUUUUUUUAUUUUUUUUUGCAUUUUUUAAAAUGAUUGGAAAGUCUUGAGAUUAAAAAUUAACCUUUUGGAAUUUUGUGCAUAGUUGUUUAACCAACUAAACUUUAUCUGGCAUUUGGUGCAGAAUUGCUACAAACAAAGCAUUCCCUGGUAUUUGGUGCAGAUUAAAUAUUACCACAAUAUCAUUAAAACCACAAUUCAUAUAUAACAAACAUGCAUUCAUAUAAUUAAUUUGUAACAAUUAUCACCCCAUUGAAAUAUGCAGCUUAAAGUACUUAGUACUUUAUAUAAUCUAUUUUUAUAAGAAAAAGAAUUAAAUGGCUCAUUUUACAAACUGUAUAUUCAUUGAUAGAAUAACUUUGUUAUGAAACAUACUGUUAAUGAUUUCUGUUCUUUCAUAAGGUUGUGCUGAAGAACUGCAAUUAACCAGUCUAUUAUACUAUUUUUGUUUAAAAUGUAAAUUAACUGUUAUGUUAGCUUAUUAGAUGUCUAUUUGGGUCAUAUUUGCUAAUGACAGUUUGAAGUAUUGUUUAUUUUUUAAAAGCUAUUUUGAAUGAGUAAGGUUGAUAAGUGCAAUAUGAAGCUUAAAAUAAACAAAUAUUUCUCCUGGUAAAUCUGUAGUUUAAGCAAAUAAAUAUCUGGUUUUGAUGAUUGUACUUUGCAAGAUAAAGACUCUGAGAGAAUAUGUGUUUCGUAGUACAAAUAAGACUUGGGGUAUCCUUUUACUUGAGUGAUAUAUGUACAAGUAACACUACACAAUAGUACUGUAAAAAUGAAUUUUUGAGCUUAAGUAAAUAUAAUAUUAGGUUGUACUUAUUUCAAACAUAUUGUAGUCUGUUUCAUUUUUUAACUUAAUAUUUUAUGUAUGCAAUUAAUUGCAGAGAAGUCUUUAUCUUUUAAUUUGUAAAUGUUAAUAUUUUCAUUGAAAUAAUUGCAUUAAAGUUGUCUUUCUUUGCCUUGACAAGUAGACAGAUGUUAAUAGUAUGUUUUAUAAUAAAUAACUUCUAAUUUGCA